CCCUGCUUUUGGCUCGCUUUUAAAACGCUGGCGGGAAGUGUGUGAGCCUACAGUCUUUUAUCUGCACUCGCUGAGGAGUUGAUUGAGGUGUGUGUAAAGCAAGUAAACAUGGUCAGGACGAAAGCCGAUAGUGUUCCUGCUAGCUACAGAAAAGCUGUCGCUGCUUCUGCACCCAGGAAGUCCCUUGGCGCCUCCAGUUCAGGGAACUCCUCAGGCAGCAGCUCUCAGGCCUCCACACCCGGAAAGAGUAAGUACGCUGGUGGAAACCCUGUCUGUCCACGUCCGACCCCGAAAUGGCAGAAAGGCAUCGGUGACUUCUUUGGGGGUCCGAGCAGGAAGCCGGAGAAGGAGAAUGUGCACCCUGUUUCUGAUGAUGAGGAGGCUGGAGGCAGUGGCAUGUCCAAAGCACCCAGGAAGUCCAAACCCCUUCCAGAUGAGGAUGAUGAAUAGCUGUCCUUGUUCACUAUAUUAAAACGCCUGUUGGUACAUGACCGUAAUGAUUUUAUUUUUUUUUGUAAAUCUUUGUACAUACAUAUUGAUGCUUUCAUUUUUGUACAUAAGUUUAAUAAACUGCCUUUUUUAAAAGA